CCCCCUUCUGUGUGCGUCUUGGUGACUCUGGGCCUCUCUGUGUUUUCUCUGUUGUGAUGAUAUCAUUUGCCGAUGCAAAGAUUGCCCUCCUAUAAUUCUAAUGUUGAGAAUUGAGGAUAACGAUUUCAUUGCCACAAAUGGUAGGUGAUGAGAGAGAAAGAACUGGUCUUUGUGGCUAUAUUGGCCGAAUAGUGGUCGAAUAGUGGUCGAAUAGUGGCCAUUUAUUUGCUUCCCAGCCGUGAGAGAAAGUUAAUUCUCUUAAGCGCUCCUAUUUUCUUUGUUUCCCAAAAACCUUUCCAGAAACUUCCUGCUAUUCUAAAAUUGUGAAAAUACAAUUGCCUUAUCAGCUUGCUUCCUAACUGGUGAAUCCCCGCUCUCGAGACUUCUGAACUUCCCAGAACAGGAACCCACGUCAACAUGCCCAAUCAGCCCAACAUAUCAAGAUGAACCUCACAUUGGCCAGGGAUUUAUCAGGUUAUGCUCAUACUGUUCAAGGCUCGACAAUAACGGAUCCAACGAACCCAUCCAGCGAGAUAGAUAAACGACACGAUGACGAGACAUAUCCAGAUGGAGGCCUUCGAGCCUGGCUCGUCGUUUUAGGCUCAUUUUUCUUGCUUUUUGCAACCUUUGGCUUCCAAGCAUCUGUGGGAUUGUUCCAACUUCACUGGUCUUUAAAUCUACUCAGUGACUCAAGCCCAAGUAAGAUUGCCUGGAUACCGUCGGUAUUUAUAUUCCUGUCACUUGCGCUGUCGAUACAAACAGGGGCUAUAUUCGAUCGAUACGGAGCACGCUACAUCCUCCUCUUUGGAUCAAUUGGAUACCUCAUGACCUUCUUCCUUCUCGCUCAAUGCACGACUUAUGUAGGGUUCAUGCUGUGUCUUGGAGUUUUGGGGGGUCUCUCCUCCGCUGCGCUCAUAACAGUCUCACAGGGUGUUAUAAGCCACUGGUUCAAGAAACGACGUGGUCAGGCUUCUGGGCUGGCUAUGCUGGGUUCAGCUCUUGGAGGCAUCACGUUCCCACUAAUACUGAAACCGCUCCUUGAAAAGAGCAGUUGGCCCAUGGCCAUGCGGAUACUCGGAUUAAUUGUCCUCCUCUGCCUGGUCGUUGGCAAUUUGUUCUGCCGUAGUCGUCUGUUGGCAACCAGCACCAGCGCCAUGGUCAACGUUCGUUGCUAUUUGGACAGCACGUUCAACUGGCUAACUAUCAGUGCAUUUGGUUUUGAAUUGUUGCUCAUCAUUGGCCUUGGAUUAAUCCCAACUUAUGCAGCAGAUGCUGGUUAUGGUCAAAGAGCAGGUUUCUACCUUAUCAUGACAAUGAAUAUUGGCUCAACAUUUGGACGUGUUAUACCGUCCUGGUUCUCUGACAAAUUCGGCCGGUUCAAUAUGCUCCUUCUGAUGGCAGCUUUCACUCUCGCUUCCAUGCUCUUUAUCUGGCUGCCGUUUGGCCUCAAUUCGCUGGUGGCACUUUAUAUCUUCGUCUUCCUGUACGGCUUUGGGACCGGGAGCUUCGUUUCCUUGUCUAUGGGCUGCGUUGGGCAAAUCUGUAGGGGCAGUGAUUUUGCGCGUUGGAUAGGAGCUAUGGAUUCUGUUGUAUCUAUUGCGACGUUGGUUUCCAUUCCGAUAGGAAGCUUACUCCAGUCAAACGUGGGGCCCCAAGCUAUGGUCUGGUUCUUGGUCGGUGUUUUGAGUUUGUCAUUGAUGGCAUGCAGCAUUUCUCGCGCUGGCAACAUGGGGUAUAAAUGGAGAUGGAUUGCCAAGGUCUGAUAUUGAGCGGUAUGUUGGUUGAGAAAAGGGGUUUGGUAUAUACUGUACAUAUCUGAUGAGUGUCAAGAGUUUCUUUAACGGUAUGGAGACGAAUACUAUAAUGAUUAAUAAAGGAAUAGCAGGAG